CCGUAGUGAGUGAGUGGAAAGCGGACUGCCUGCUGCCUGCCUGCCUGGGAAUUCCGUUAAAGCACAUCAGCGGCCACUGCCAUGGCUGAACGCCGCGCCUUCGCCCAAAAAAUCAGCAGGACUGUGGCAGCAGAGGUUAGGAAGCAGAUUGCUGGUCAGUAUGGAGGGUCCCCACAGCUCUUCAAAAACCUUAAUGUUGGAACCACAACAAGCAACACAGUUCCCCUCACGGAGGCGGUGGAGCCCGUGGACUUUGAAGAGUACCUCAUCACUCACCCUCCCAUCGUUGAUUCUGGGCCCUUGAGAGAUCUGAUCGAGUUUCCCCCAGAUGACAUUGAGGUCAUCUAUACACCCAGGGAGUGUCGCACUGUGAUACAAGCUGUCCCAGAGGAGGGGGACACCGAUCCUCAUGUCAGAGAUUGUGUCAGAUCCUACACAGAAGACUGGGCCAUUGUCAACAGAAAAUACCACAAACUCGGUACGGGCUUUAAUCCCAAUACUCUGGACAAACAGAAGGAACGUCAGAAAGGUCUACCCAAACAGGUGUUUGAGGCUGAUGAGAUGCCUGACAGCAGCAGUUACCAGGAUGACCAGGAUGAUCUGAAACGGCGGUCGAUGUCUAUAGAUGACACUCCACGGGGUAGCUGGGCAUGCAGCAUCUUUGACUUGAAGAAUUCUCUCCCCGAUGCCCUCCUGCCUCACCUCCUUGACCGUGCCCCAAAUGAAGAAAUUGACCGACACAACGAAGAUCAGCGCAAGUCCAACCGCCAUCGUGAGCUCUUUGCUCUGCACCCUGCCCUAGAUGAGGAGGAGCCUAUUGAGCGCCACUGUGUGCCUGAAGUACCAAAAGAGCACUUUGGCCAGAGGCUACUUGUCAAAUGCUUGUCCUUGAAGUUUGAGAUCGAAAUUGAACCCAUAUUUGCUAGUUUGGCCUUAUAUGAUGUCAAGGAAAAGAAAAAGAUAUCAGAAAACUUUUUCUUUGACUUAAAUUCGGAGCAGACAAAAGGGAUGUUGCGUCCGCACAUACAAACGGCAGCCAUCUCUACACUCGCACGUUCAGCCAUCUUUUCUAUCACCUACCCCUCCCAGGAUGUCUUUCUAGUUAUCAAGCUGGAAAAGGUUCUGCAGCAAGGUGACAUAGGAGAGUGUGCAGAGCCAUAUAUGGUCUUCAAGGAGUCAGAUGCUGCCAAGAACAAAGAGAAGCUGGAGAAGCUUCGCGGUCAGUCGGAGCAGUUCUGCCAGCGUUUGGGCCGCUACCGGAUGCCCUUUGCAUGGACCGCCAUCCAUUUAAUGAACAUUGUAAACAGUGCUGGCAGUCUUGAGAGAGAUACGGAGCUGGAGAUGAGCCUCUCAGAGAGAAAAGGCUCAUGGUCAGAGCGGAGGAACUCGAGCAUCAUGGGAAGGCGGUCUCUGGAGAGGACCACCAGUGGAGAUGAGUCUUGCAGUCUGACAGGUUUCAGACCUGCAACACUAACUAUCACCAACUUCUUCAAACAGGAAGGGGAUAGGCUGAGUGACGAGGAUUUAUAUAAGUUUCUAGCUGAUAUGAGAAGGCCAUCUUCAGUGUUAAGGAGACUCAGACCCAUCACAGCCCAGUUGAAGCUGGACAUUUCCCCUGCUCCAGAGAAUCCCCACUAUUGUUUGACUCCUGACCUUCUGCAGGUUAAACCUUACCCAGACAGCAGAGUGCGCCCCACCAGAGAGAUCCUGGAAUUUCCUGCCAGGGAUGUGUACGUGCCAAACACCACAUACAGGAAUCUACUGUAUGUGAACCCUCAGAGUCUUAACUUUGCCAACCGUCAAGGUUCUGCCCGCAACAUCACAGUGAAAGUGCAAUUCAUGAACGGGGAGGAUCCAAACAACGCAAUGCCGGUUAUAUUUGGGAAGUCGAGCUGCGCGGAUUUCUAUAAAGAAGCCUACACAGCAGUGGUGUACCAUAACAGAUCCCCUGACUUUCAUGAUGAGAUAAAGAUCAAGCUUCCGGCCUCUCUGUCAGACCACCACCACAUUCUUUUCACCUUUUACCACAUCAGCUGCCAGCAGAAGCAGAACACGCCACUGGAGACCCCUGUGGGAUACACGUGGAUACCCAUGUUACAGAAUGGACGUUUGCGAACGGGACACUUCUGUCUACCCGUCUCUCUUGAGAAACCACCACAGUCAUACUCUGUUCUCUCCCCAGACGUUCCUCUGCCAGGAAUGAAGUGGGUAGACAACCAUCGAGGUGUAUUCAAUGUGGAGGUGGUGGCUGUUUCAGCCAUCCACACACAGGACCAAUUUCUGGAUAAGUUCUUUGCAUUGGUACACGCUCUGGAUGAGCACAUGUUCCCAGUCAGGAUAGGUGACAUGCGCAUCAUGGAAAACAACCUUGAGGCUGAGCUCAAGUCCAGCAUUGCGGCGCUCAACUCAUCUCAGCUGGAGCCAGUAGUUCGAUUCCUUCAUCUUUUACUUGACAAGUUGGUGCUGCUCGUAGUUCGUCCACCAGUCAUUGCUGGACAGAUCGUGAAUCUAGGUCAAGCAUCCUUCGAAGUCAUGACUUCCAUAGUGAACCGGCUUCAUAAGUACUUGGACACCAGCCAGGACAUGCAUGGCCGCAACAGCCUGCUGUCCUCCUACAUCCACUAUGUGUUCCGGCUGCCCAGCACUGAUCCCAACUCACCAUCACCAGGUCCUGGAGGGUUGGGAGGUUCGGUUCACUAUGCCACCAUGGCUCGCUCAGCUGUGCGACCAGCCAGCCUCAACCUUAACCGCUCUCGUAGCCUUAGCAACAGCAACCCUGAUAUAUCUGGUACGCCCACAUCUCCUGACGAUGAAGUUCGCUCCAUAAUCGGCAGUAAGGGCUUAGACCGCUCCAACUCGUGGGUGAACACCAUGGGGUGUAGUGCCCCCUGGGGAUCCAGCCCUGGGUCCGCUCCAGAAACCAUGCAGGCCAUGGAGCGCUGUGGCAAUCGCAUGUCUUCGCACACUGAGAGCGCCAGUUUCUUGCAAACUUUAACAGGACGAUUACCCACAAAAAAGCUCUUCCACGAGGAGUUGGCUCUCCAGUGGGUGGUGAGCAGUGGAAGCGUCCGCGAGGGGGCUCUGCAGCAGGCCUGGUUUUUCUUUGAACUCAUGGUGAAGAGCAUUAUCCACCACCUCUACUUCACCGAACGCCUUGAGUCUCCCAGGAAAAACCGCUUCCCUGAACGCUUCAUGGAUGACAUCACAGCCCUGGUCAGCACCAUUGCUGGGGACAUUGUAUCUCGCUUCCAGAAGGAUCUGGAGCUGGUGGAGAGGCUGAACACCAGCCUGGCCUUCUUUCUCAAUGACUUGCUGUCGGUCAUGGACCGAGGCUUCGUCUUCACCCUGAUCAAGGCGUAUUGGAAACAGGUGUCCACAAAGCUUUACACUUUGCAGAACCCAACCCUGGAGUCAUUAAGGCUUGAUUUCCUAAGAAUUGUUUGCAGCCACGAACACUACGUCACUCUGAAUCUGCCCUGCAGCCUUCUCACCCCCCCUGCCUCGCCUUCUCCCUCUGUGUCCUCAGCAACCUCACAGAGCUCUGGAUUCUCGACACAUGUCCAGGACCAAAAGAUAGCAAACAUGUUCGAGCUGUCUGUCCCAUUUAGAGAGCAGCAUUAUCUGGCAGGGCUUGUACUCUCUGAACUGUCAAUAAUACUGGACCCGGAAAAUGAGGGAAUGUUUGGGCUACAUAAGAAGGUCGUGAGUGUUGUUCACAACCUCCUGUCCAGCCAUGACUCCGACCCACGCUACGCUGACCCUGAGGUGAAGGCUCGAGUCGCCAUGCUUUACCUGCCUCUCAUUGGCAUUGUCAUGGAGACACUACCACAGCUCCAUGACUUUACAGAUUCCCAUAACCAGUGGGGUCGACCCGGUGGGCCCCAGGCAGCAGCAGUAGGCAGUGGUGGAGAAGAGGUAGAGGGAGAGGGCAACAGUUUGAUAAGUCAGACUGUUGCCAUGGCAAUAGCGGGUACCGCCACUGCAUCUCCAAUGUCCCGACCAAGUAGUUUCUUGCUCAACUCACAGGCGAGUCGUCAGCAUGGUAGUUUCACAGCUGAGUCAAGUCGCAGUUUGCUGAUCUGUCUGCUGUGGGUGCUAAAAAAUGCCGAUGAGCUGGUGCUACAGAAAUGGUUCACAGACCUGUCAGUGUCCCAACUCAACCGAUUAUUGGAUCUGCUGUACCUCUGUGUCUCCUGCUUUGAGUACAAGGGGAAGAAGGCAUUUGAACGCAUGAACAGCCUAACCUUUAAGAAGUCCAAAGAUAUGAAGGCCAAGCUGGAAGAGGCCAUACUGGGCAGUAUCGGGGCCAGACAGGAAAUGGUGCGACGUAGUCGGGGACAGCUAGAGAGGAGUCCAUCGGGUAGUGCUUUUGGCAGUCAGGAAAACCUCAGAUGGAGGAAGGACAUGACCCACUGGAGACAAAACAGCGAGCGAAUGGACAAAACUAGAGCAGAGCUGGAACAUGAAGCUCUUAUUGAUGGUAACCUUGCAACGGAAGCCAACUUGAUUAUUCUUGACACUUUGGAGAUUGUUGUACAGACGGUAUCGGUGACAGAAUCGAAGGAGAGCAUUCUGGGUGGGGUGUUGAAAGUCUUGCUCCACAACAUGGCCUGUAACCAGAGCGCCCUCUACCUUCAGCACUGCUUUGCUACACAGAGGGCCUUGGUGUCUAAGUUUCCUGAACUGUUGUUUGAGGAGGAAACUGAGCAAUGUGCUGAUCUGUGUUUGCGACUUCUGCGGAGCUGCAGCAGCAGCAUUAGUACCAUCAGAUCCCAUGCCAGCGCCUCCCUCUACCUCCUCAUGAGGCAAAACUUCGAGAUCGGCAACAAUUUUGCAAGAGUAAAGAUGCAGGUAACCAUGUCCCUGUCCUCACUGGUGGGCACGUCUCAGAAUUUUAAUGAGGAAUUCCUCCGCCGCUCUCUGAAGACCAUCCUUACCUAUGCAGAGGAGGACCUGGAGCUGAGGGAGACCACAUUCCCAGAUCAGGUUCAAGACCUUGUGUUUAAUCUACACAUGAUCCUGUCUGACACAGUGAAGAUGAAGGAGCAUCAAGAGGAUCCUGAGAUGCUGGUAGAUCUCAUGUACAGGAUUGCAAAGGGAUACCAAACGUCUCCAGAUCUGCGGCUGACAUGGCUCCAGAACAUGGCUGGAAAACACUCGGAGAGAAACAAUCAUGCUGAGGCGGCUCAGUGUCUGGUGCACAGCGCGGCCCUGGUGGCAGAAUACCUCAGCAUGCUGGAAGAUCGCAAGUACCUCCCUGUAGGCUGCGUCACUUUCCAGAAUAUUUCCUCCAAUGUGCUGGAGGAAUCUGCCGUCUCUGAUGAUGUGGUGUCACCAGAUGAGGAGGGCAUCUGCUCGGGGAAAUAUUUCACGGAAAUCGGUCUCGUGGGGCUGCUGGAGCAGGCUGCUGCCUCUUUUUCUAUGGCUGGCAUGUAUGAGGCAGUGAAUGAAGUAUACAAGGUACUGAUUCCAAUCCAUGAAGCCAACAGAGAUGCAAAGAAGCUGGCCACCAUCCAUGGUAAACUACAGGAAGCCUUUAGCAAAAUUGUUCAUCAGAGUACUGGCUGGGAGAGGAUGUUCGGCACGUACUUCAGAGUUGGAUUUUAUGGUUCAAAAUUCGGAGACCUAGAUGAGCAGGAGUAUGUGUACAAAGAACCGGCCAUCACCAAACUGGCCGAAAUCUCUCACAGGCUUGAGGGCUUCUAUGGGGAGCGGUUUGGAGAGGAGCAGGUGGAGGUUAUAAAGGACUCCAACCCCGUAGACAAGUGCAAGCUGGACCCCAACAAAGCGUUCAUCCAGAUCACGUACGUGGAGCCGUACUUUGACACCUAUGAGAUGAAGGACCGCAUCACCUACUUCGACAAGAACUACAACCUGCGUCGUUUCGUCUACUGCACUCCUUUCACCCUGGACGGGAGGGCCCACGGCGACCUGCACGAACAGUUCAAACGCAAGACCAUCCUCACCACCUCGCACGCCUUCCCCUACAUCAAGACCCGCAUCAACAUCAUCCACAAAGAGGAGAUCAUAUCCACGCCCAUAGAGGUGGCCAUAGAGGACAUGCAGAAGAAGACUCAGGAGCUGGCCUUCGCAACCCACCAGGACCCGGCCGACGCCAAAAUGCUGCAGAUGGUCCUGCAGGGCUCAGUGGGCACCACCGUCAACCAGGGCCCUCUGGAGGUGGCCCAGGUGUUCCUGUCAGAGAUUCCCAGCGACCCAAAACUGUACCGACACCACAAUAAGCUACGGCUGUGCUUCAAGGACUUUACAAAGAGGUGUGAAGACGCCCUCAGGAAAAACAAAAGCCUGAUCGGACCGGACCAGAAGGAGUACCAGAGGGAGCUGGAGAGGAAUUACCACAGGCUGAAGGAGGCGCUGCAGCCGCUCAUCAACAGGAAGAUCCCUCAGCUUUACAAACCCGUGCUGCAGGUCAACUCGCACAGAGAUUCCUUCAGCAGAAUGAGUCUUCGCAAGCUUGACAUCUGAAGACGACAACGCGCGCACACACACGCAUCGACCUACACAAGUGUAACAGAAAUUGCAAUAUUAAUUUAUUCUCAAGUGUAAAUAGGAGUGUCCCUUGUUGGAGGUGUGUAAAAAGGCUCAGAGGGCUGCAGCUUGGUACAUCAUUCCAGUGUCUUAAUUUGUUUACAUACAAACUGUUACACAAUCAGCAAAGCGAACAAGUGGAUCUUAGAGAUUAAACAGAUACCUUGGCGUUAACAGUCCUAUGCUCGUCAUCUGUCUGUCACUAUGCCACCCUGAGAAGA